AUGGAGAUGAUUGGAAUUUGGAAGGGUGCCUUUGUGGAGGAGCACAACAUUAUGCAUAAUAUUUUAUCGUGCCAGGAUAUUCUGAAGCAAUAUGGUCGGAAACAUUGUCCUCUCAGUAGUUUGUUGAAGAUUGAUUUGAGGAAGGCGUAUGAUACUUUGAAGUGGGAUUUUAUUAAAGAUAUGUUGAUCUCUCUAAAUUUUCCUUCUCAUUUCAUUAAAAUUGUUAUGAUUUGCAUUUGCACAACUCAAUUCUCUUUGAUUCUAAAUGGAAGCCCCAUGCCUUUAUUUAAAUCUAAGAGAGGAAUUAGACAAGGAGAUCCAAUGUCUCCUUUGAUUUUUGUGAUUUGUAUGGAGUAUCUAUCAAAAUUACUUAAGGUUGUUGGGGAUCAUAAUUCUUCUAGCUCAAUUGGAGAUUUUUUGUGGAGUCCUCUGGAUUGGUUGCCAACUCUUCAAAAUCUCAUGUGUAUCUUGCAGGGUUCUAUGCCUUUUCGUUAUUUGGGGGUUCCGUUAUCAUCCAACCCUCUUUUUGCAGUUGAGUGUGAAUGUCUUGCUGUAAAAAUGACUUCUAAGAUUAGAUCUUGGCAAGUCAAGAAUCUCUCUUAUGCAGUUAGGCUACAACUUGUUUCUGCUGUUUUGAUGAAUAUUAUAAACUUUUGGCGUCAAAUCUUUGUGUUGCUUAAGAAGGUUCUAAAGCAGGUAAAUGCAAUCUGUAGAGCAUAUCUCUGGCAUGGUAAAGUUGAUUCUGAUGUUCCUGAAAGUUUGGAAACUGGAUAUUGUGGAUGGGUGCAUGGUGUUUAUACAAAGGGUGGCAAUUGGAGGGUUUUCCAUGCCCCAAUAACUUCAAGCUGGGCUUUUAAGAAGAUAUGCAAGGUUAAAGAUAGGCUUGGUCAAUGGGUGCAUAAUGGAACUUACUCCAUCAAAGAUGUCUAUCAUGAGCUUUUAGGGGCUAGGCAGCCAGUGGACUGGGUGAGUUUUGUAUGGAAUAGAAGUUCUAUUCCUAAAGCUAGAUUUAUAUUACGGCUAGCUAUGAACGAGAGAUUGAAGUCUAGGGACAAAUUGUUUGCAUUAGGGAUCAUCUCUAUUGACGUUUGUCCUUUAUGUGGUUUGGAAACAAAAUCUAAUACUCAUCUUUUCUUCGCUUGUUGGAAGUGUGCUAUAACUAAGAGGAAGAUUGCUACUAUCGCACUAUGCAGUCUUAUGUAUGAGAUUUGGUGUGCUCUGAAUGAUGUUGUUUGGAAUUUCAAAGUUCCUAUGGGAAAUAUGGUUUCUCGACAGGUGAAACUUGCAUUUAAGAGUAGAGUUUUGAAUAUUCCAAUCAAAGGAGUUCUGUUUCGCCUUAUGCAUAUGACGAGUGAAAGUUUGGAAACCCUUUCUAAAAGGUGUGCCUUUCUUUCAUGCUGA